AUGAAAACCAUCUCAAUUUUAUUAUCAUUAUUUGUUAUUGCUGUUUCAGCAAAUCAACAUCCCUUUUUUUCGGAUGAACGUCUAGUUGAAGUAAUAAAAAUUAGUAAAGAGUGUAUAGGGGAAACAAAUGUAAAACAAGAAGCGCUUAAUAAAUGGAGAAGUGGCGAGUUACUAGACGACCCGGAUCUAAAGGAAUACAUCGCUUGCACUUUCCUAAAGUUAGGAUUUGUUGAUGAGAAGGGAACUGUAAACUUGGAGACUUUGAAGAAGGACCUCGGGCGAAGCGAAAUCGCUUUGAAUGCGAUAUCUCAAUGUUACGACAAACGUGGAAACUCACCAACCGAAACAGCUUAUGAUGUGUACAAGUGCUUUAAAGGCAACCUCCCUGCCAAAUUUAAAGGAGGACUAUAA